AUACACUGUCUAAGAUAUAUAAAUAAUAACUUUGAUUCUAAGAAAAGCACUCUGUAUAAUAUUAGUUAUUUAUUAAAUAUAAAGAUAUCUGUUCUGUGUUAUUUCUAUUCCGCGAGAAAAAAGACUUAUAAUUCUAUAGAUUUUGCAUACUCUGUAUUAUAUAUAUAUAAUUUAUUAAUAUUUCUCGAGCCUGCAACUGGUCUGCUAAAAAACACUCGCAAUUUUAUAAAAAUUAUUAAAUAG